GAGAGUCUAUCCACAGCCAUUCCCACCAAAUGCAAGUCCUCCAGACCUCUUAUCUCUUCUCUUUACCUAAACCCCUAAACCCUACCCAUAACCACCGUUCCCACCGUCACCACCACUGCAUUUACCAUCCUUUUUCCUCCCAAACUAUAUCAUCCUCCUCCACCACCGCCUCAACACCUCCAAAAUGCUUCAGCUCCGACGAAUUCCCUGUGGACGACACCUUUGUCCAAACAUUCGGUCCCAGAGACGGCGCAAAAGAAGAGGAAUGGCGCCGUAAGAACUGGAUCGAGCGAGGAUGGGCCCCCUGGGAGGAAAUUCUCACUCCCGAAGCCGACUUCGCCCGCAAGUCCCUCAAUGAAGGCGAAGAGGUUCCGCUCCAGUCGCCGGAAGCCAUCGAAGCUUUCAGAAUGCUUUCUCCAAAGUACCGACUCAAAAAGAUUAAAGAAAUGGGAUUGACCGAAGACGAGUGGUACAGGAAGCAGUUCGAGAUCAAGGGGGAGAUUCCGGAAAAGCUCGAGACGAUUUGGGCGGGGCCUUUGGUUUUGAGGCACGUGCCCCCUAGAGAUUGGCCUCCCAGAGGUUGGGAGGUCGAUAGGAAGGAGCUGGAGUUUAUAAGGGAAGCGCACAAGUUGCUGUCCGUCAGAGUGGUGGUGGAGGAAUUGGACAGUAUGGAAACUACUGAUACUGAAGGGAUGUGUUUGGAUAGGUAUAAGAUGUUUCUGAAGCAAUACAAUGAAUGGGUUGCUGCAAAUAAGGAUAGAUUAGAAGAGGAAUCUUAUAAGCAAGACCAAGAUUAUUAUCCUGGUAGAAGGAAAAGAGGAAAAGACUACAAAGAGGGCAUGUACGAACUUCCAUUUUAUUACCCAGGGCAGAUUUGUGCGGGAAUAGUGACCACUAUACAUCUAUAUCAAGGAGCCUUUGUUGAUAUCGGAGGUGUACAUGAUGGGUGGGUUCCUAUCAGAGGAAAUGAUUGGUAUUGGAUCCGCCAUCACAUAAAAGUUGGCAUGCACGUUUUUGUAGAAAUUCUGGCAAAGCGAGAUCCGUACCGUUUUCGAUUCCCUAUUGAAAUGCGUUUUGUAUGGCCUAACAUAGAUCACCUUAUCUUCAACAGAUUUGAAUUUCCCCCAAUCUUUCAUCGUGAUGAGGAUACCAACCCAGAUGAAUUACGGCGUGAUUGUAGAAGACCUCCUGUUCCUAGAAAAGAUCCAGGAGCAAAACCAGAAGAGGAACCACUAUUAUCAAAUCACCCUUAUGUUGAGAAGUUGUGGCAAAUCCAUGUUGCUGAGCAAAUGAUUUUGGAUGAUUGGGAAACUAGUCCUGAGAAAUACAAGGGUAAAAAACUAUCUGAAUUAACUGAUGAUGAAGAUUUUGAUGAACAAAAUAGUGUUGAAUAUACCACAGCUCAUUACAAGAAAACCUUAUUGCCAAAAAUAAUUAUGAAACAAAGUGUUAAAGAACUUGACUUGGAAGCAGCGUUAGCUGAGCGAGAGCUUCACAAUAAACUAAGGAAGGAAGCACAGGAAAGAGGAGAAAAUUAUAAAAUUGCCAAGCUGAGGCGAAAUAUCGAAAUGGAUGAGUAUGAUUUAAUGCAUUGGCGUCGAUCAUAUGAGGAAAGAGAAGCUUUGAUCAGAGACAUCAGCUGCCGCCAAGCUCUUGGUUUGCCAUUGGAAGAACCAGGGAAGUAUAAGCCAGCAAGCUAUUUUGGGAAGGAUCAGUAUGAUCCUGAUAAUCCUUUAUACCGAUAUGAUUACUGGGGAGAACCAAAGAACUCAGAAAAGAGUAAGCAAGAGAGAAUGACAGAUGCUCACAACAAAUCUAUCGUGGGCAAGGGUACUGUGUGGUAUGAAAUGUCUUAUGAAGAUGCCAUCAAGCAGCGGAUGCAAAGAGAAUCUCGUUCAAAGGGAAUGAAGCAAAGAGAGGAUGAAGAUUCGGAUGGGGAUCACAGAAAUGAGGAUGAGGAUGACGACUUUGAUUACAGCAUUUUAAGUGACUUGAAUGACAUUUCAAAUCAACCACUUGUAAAUGGUACUAAAUCUCCUGGAUUAUCAGAUGAGGGAAUGUUUGAGAGUUAAAGCUUUGAUACAAUGCUAUGUAAUUCCAGUUAUUGACAUGGUAAAUGAAACGUAAAAGCUUACAUCCCAAA